UGAGCUUGACUAUCAUGAUGUUGCUGCUGUGAACCAACGCUGCCAGAGCAUCUGUGACUUGUGGGACAAGCUGGGGACUCUGACCCAGAAGAGAAGGGAGUCUUUGGAGCGGACAGAUAAGCUGCUGGAGACUAUUGAUCAGUUGUUCCUGGAGUUUGCCAAGAGGUCUGCUCCUUUCAACAACUGGAUGGAAGGAGCCAUGGAAGAUCUGCAGGACAUGUUCAUAGUGCAUACCACUGACGAGGUCCAGAGUCUAAUCGCAGCUCAUGAGCAGUUCAAAGCUACCCUUCCUGAGGCGGAUGCAGAGAGACAGGCCAUCCUGGGAAUCCAAAAUGAGGUGCAGAAAAUCUCCCAGAGCUACGGGAUCAAGGCCAACAUUAUCAACCCUUACGCCACCAUCACAAUUGAGGAGCUCCUCAACAAGUGGGAAAAGGUGAAGAAGCUGGUUCCUCAGAGAGAUGGUGCUCUCCAGGAGGAGAUGGCCCGUCAGCAUGCCAAUGAGAGGCUGAGACGACAGUUUGCUGCCCAGGCUAAUCUCAUUGGUCCCUGGAUACAGACCAGGAUGGAGGAAAUCGGGCGCUUCUCCCUGGUGAUCGGAGGCACCCUGGAGGACCAGAUGACCCAGCUGAAGCAAGUCGAGCAUGUCAUUGUUGCUUACAAGCCCAACAUCGACAAGUUAGAGGGAGACCACCAGCUAAUCCAGGAGUCCUUGGUGUUUGAUAACAAACACACUAACUACACUAUGGAGCACAUCCGUGUCGGGUGGGAGCUGCUCCUCACAACCAUCGCCCGAACAAUCAACGAGAUUGAGACCCAGAUCCUGACCCGGGAUGCCAAGGGAAUCAGCCAGCAGCAGAUGAAUGAGUUCAGAUCAUCUUUCAACCACUUUGACAGGAAGAAAAAUGGAGCCAUGGAGACUGAUGACUUUAGAGCCUGCCUCAUCUCCAUGGGUUAUGACUUGGGGGAGGUGGAGUUUGCACGUAUAAUGAUACUUGUGGACCCCAAUGGUACUGGAAAAGUCUCUUUCCAGUCCUUCAUUGACUUUAUGACCAGAGAAACAGCAGAUACAGACACUGCAGAGCAGGUUGUGGCAUCCUUCCGAAUCCUGGCAACUGACAAGCCAUACAUACUGAUUGAGGAGCUGAGGAGGGAACUUCCACCUGAACAAGCAGAGUACUGCAUCGUGAGGAUGCCGCCUUACGCCGGCCCUGGAGCACCACCUGGUGCACUGGACUACACCGCCUUCUCCACUGCCCUCUAUGGAGAGAGCGACCUUUAACCAACUAGACUUGCCAACUAAAUUUACUGACCAUUUAUCUAACUUCCCCCAAACCCAUUGGCCUGCUCAUCUCCUCAUGAUUUUAAGAAAUCUGUAAGAACGUUGGAUUAAAUAUGUUGAAUGAAAUGUGUUGUAAAAAUACUAGCUCUUUGACGCAUUAGACUGUCCAUGAUCAUGUAUCCUGGUACUUGUCUUGUGUCUCCUUGAUAAAUAAAACCCCCAAAAUAA